AAAUAACUGAAAUUUUUACACUUGAUUAACUCAAUCUAUUUCUUUUUAAUUAUUGCUGCUCUUUGUGCUGAUUUUAUAAAUGGACAUUUGGAUAUUUUAUUUGAAAUUUCAAGAUUAAAAGAUAUAAACAAACCAGAAUAUCAGGUGUAAUUCAUAUUUUCGUUGCAAUACUUCAUUGGAUUUGGCCACCAGAUCGCUGUACAAAUUGUCAUUCAAUAUAUAGUAUGCCAAAAGGUGUUAAUACCGAUCAACUACAUAACGUUGGAGAAAUUCAUCGUUCUGUAGAUGGACGUUUUGUAUUAACAUCUAAUGGAACUGAUAUAAAACAAAGAACAACAAUACAAGACCAAGAUGUUGUAGAUGGUUUAUCACAAACAGCAGCUGACGAAAUAAUUGAUGAUCGUCGCCAAAGUACUUCUGGUGGUUCACAAUAUUCUAGUAGUGAUGAUGGUGGAUUUUUACCACGAAGACGUGGUGGUGGCGCUGAUAUGAGAUCAUCAUGGCGGCGACCUCUGGUAGCAUCACCAAGUCAAUUAAGUUUUCGUUCAGAAAAUUCAGCACGGUCAUUUUUACAAAAUUUGGGUGAAUUUUUUCUUCAAACCGCUAGACGUAAUCAUCGUCAAAGUAAUUUAGCAAAUUAUCAAAAUAUUUAUAAAAAUUAUCCAUUACCGCAAACGCCUAUUAUUUCAACAGUACAACAAAAUAUUAAACCCUCAAGUACAAAUUACAUUCCACAACAUUUAUUGAAUCAAACACCAACAAUGUCAAGUUCAAAAAUGUUUACAACACCAUCACGUGUUUCAAGAAUUUUUUCAAGUUCACCUGCAAGUACAAUUGGUGUCCCUUCGACACCAUGGCAACAAAACACUAACCAAUUUAGUGAUUUAAGUACCGUUUAUCCUGGUUCUGCGGAACGAUCAUUUCCACACUCAAGUUUCUCUACAUCAUUAAACAAUCGUUUUAGAUACUCAUAUGAAUUACCAUCAUUAAGAACAAUUCAAGAGGAAACUCGUCGUAUGAAUCAGGGAUUUGUGCCACUUCACAUACCAUCACCUUCAUGGAAAGGUUAUUAUCAUACACAAACACCUUAUCAUAGCUACAGGCCAAGAACGAGAUGGUAUCCCAGACAUUUCAGUCGCACAAUACGUAGUAAUUCUGAUCUUUUAUCGCCUUUGCCACAUUUAAAUUUAUCAAUGCGUGGAACGACUCAUCUGGGUCAUAGCGGUUUAGAAGUAUCUCCGGAAAGUCGUUCCAGUUCAAGUGGUUUUGGGAGUAAAAAUACGUCAAAUAAUCCACAAACUCAACAUGGAUCUCAUCAUUCUAGUAGUACAAAUGAAUGGCGUUUAUUACCGCCAUAUAGACCACCACCACCGCCUCAUUAUCAUCCAUAUUAUCCAAAUUUUAAUACAUUUAAUUAUAAUAGUUUAUUACAUCAACAAGCGACUGCACCAUCAUCUUCAUCAUUUACGUUGCCACAUCAUCAUCAUCAUCAAUCUCAUCAAACAUCAUCAUAUUUGCAACAACAGCAGCAACAACAGCAACAACAACAGCAACAACAAAAUCAGCAACAACAACACCAUCAACCGCCACAAUCUUAUCAAUCAAAUCAAGAUACUCCAAGUCCACCAUAUACAAUGCAACAUUGGUUAGACAUGAUAUCAAGAUUAAAUGCUGCAACCGAAAUUAAUAAUAUACAUCACCAUAAAUCUGUUGAUGUUGGAAGUGUUGACGGUCAUUACGAAUUUGAUCCAUCAACACCAACACCAAGUGCAUCAACACCAACUGGCAAUCCACGUGAUGAAUUAUUAUUAGAUCCAUCAAUUUUCGGUGCAUUAAAUCCAAAUACAACAACUCAUCAUCAUUGGGGUACAUCAUUAAGUGGCUUUAAUACAUUAGCUGGACCAUCAACAUCAACAACAUUAUUAACAUCAUCUGGUACAAGUUCAACUGGAGUUAGAAAGCAACGCAUUUCACGCUACGAUAAUAUCGAAGCCAGAGUUCAAGCAAUGAAAGAAGAAUUUUAUGCCUAUCGUAAACGUCAAGCAAUGAAAAGAGCUGGCGUUGAACUUGAAAGUGCAUGUUAAAAACAUACAACAAAAAUUAAAUUUUAAUUAAAAAAAAAAACAAACCCUAUUCAUAUAAUACAUAUUAUAUUGUAUACACAUAUAUAAGUAUAUAUAUGUUUAUAUAUAUAUAUAUAUGUAGCAUACAAUAUAUCUGCAUAUAUCUAAAUACAUAUAUACACUUCAAAAUGGUAAUAAUUAGCAAACAAAAACAGAAAACAGAUUAUCGAAUUAAAAAAUUUCAAUGAACGAAGCACAACAUAAUCCAAAAAUUUAAAAUAAUUAAAUGAAAUGUAAAAAAAUAAAAAAAAAGAGAUGGAAAUAACAAAACUGAAGAAUAAACAACCCAUUAAAACAAAACGAAAUUGUAAGAAAUUAAAUAAAAUACAUUAUUUAUUUAAAGGAAAAGAAACAGAAAAUUAUGACUACUGCCAAUUAAAUUUUAGAAAUGAAAAUUAUAAGUACUUUAAAGAAAAAAAAAAAUUAAAUAAAAUUAGCAAAAUUUUAAUAAAAUAAAUAAGUAAAUAAAUUAAUAAAUGAAUAAUAAAAAUAAUAAUAAUAACAAUGAAGAACGACAUUAAGUCACUCGAUUUUUAAAAUGGGUGAAUAAAUCAAAAAGUAAAACAAAAAAAAAAACUCAAAACAUUUCUCUCAACCUAUAGACAUAUAUUUAUAUUUAUAUAUAAAUAUAUAUACAUAACAUAAGAAGCACUGUAAACUCUUUUUGUAUUCUAAAACAUAAAACCAAAAUAAUAAUAAUUAUAAUAGAAAAAUGAAAACAAAAUUUAAAUUUAAUUAAAAAAAAAUUAAAAAAGAAAACAUUUUUAAAACAGUUUGGAUAACCAAUUCUUAAAAUAAUAAUAAAAAAACAAAAAACAGAACAUUAAAUUUAAAAAAAUCUACUCAAAAUUUAUUUGGUAAAAUAUAAAACAAAAAAAAAACCAAAAAAAAAAAAAAAUUAAAAAUUUAGUAAUCGAGAUUUAAAAAAUAAUGGAAUAAAAUAAAUGUUUUUAUUUAAAGAUAAAUUAAUUUAUAGCAAAAAAUAAAAUAAAUAAAAGAAGAAAAAAAAAAACAUAAUGAAAAUUAUAUUCUAAAUUAGUCGCAGUGCCAUUUAAUAAAAAAAAAUGAAAAAAAAAAAUAAUAAUAAAAGAAUUAUUAAAAAAAAAAA